UACAAAAAGAAAAAGUUAAAAUCCAAACAAAACGUAGCAGACGGAUUUGCAUGGCGGUGCCGACCCGGUAAAAUUAGAAAUAUGGUAGGAGCGAAAGGUAAAAAUAACCAAACGGAAAACAAAAACAGCAAAGCGGUAGCAGACAGCAAUGUUUUUCAAGUUUCAACCAACAAAACAAAAUCCUCUUGCCAUCUAACAGUCAGCUCCAAACCCAAACUCUUCAUCCAAACAUUCCCUUCUUUCACUUUCCCUUCUGUAAUUUUCCUUAACUCUCCCUUCAAAAUCCCUUUCUCUCACCUUCCUUUCUUCUCCCUUCUUUCUUUUUUCAAACAAAAAAGGGUUUUGCUUUUUUUCUUUGGCUAAAAAUAGUUCAGUUAUGUCCAUUUUCUCUUUCUAAACCCUCCAGAAAUUUAAAACCCCCCAAAAAAUUCCUAUAUGUCGUCCACAUCUUCAUCCGAAACAACUUCGACGGCGUCCGAUCCCCACGCGCCGCUCCUCCGCUCGCGCCAGCCUGAUGCCUCGGCGGCUCGCCCUGCCACACUGGCGCUUUUAUUGGGGCGGACCAUGGGGCGGCGUGGCGCGUCCAUGAUGGUGAGGGAGACGGCGGCACGUGAGUUAGAGGAGCGGCGAGCGGACUGGGGUUACUCCAAGCCGGUGGUGGCACUUGACAUGCUGUGGAACACAGCGUUCGUGGCGGUUUCGGUGGUGAUGUUGAUCUGUACGGUGGAUGAGAGUCCCAAUACUCCUAUUAGACUGUGGAUCUGUGGGUAUGCUUUGCAGUGCUUGGUGCAUGUUGUUUUGGUGUGGUUGGAGUAUAGGAGAAGGACCAAUAGAAGAACACCUGUUAGGGAUGAGGAGAGAGGAGAUGCUGCUGCUGGAGAUGUUAAUGAUAGUGAAGAUGAAGAAGAUGGAACUGAAAGGGGUACUUUUGGUUCAAAUCAAUCAAGUGUAACUAAACGAUGUGAAUCGAUUAAUACCAUGGCAUCAUUUCUUUGGUGGAUAGUAGGCUUCUAUUGGGUAGUUUCUGGUGGUGAUAUCCUUCUGCAAAGUGCUCCACGUUUAUACUGGUUGGCUGUGGUUUUUCUGGCAUUUGAUGUGUUCUUUGCAAUCUUUUGUGUUGUUUUGGCAUGUUUGAUUGGGAUUGCACUCUGCUGCUGCUUGCCUUGCAUCAUUGCAAUUCUUUAUGCUGUUGCAGGGCAGGAGGGUGCAUCAGAAGCAGAUCUUAGUAUCCUUCCAAAAUAUAGGUUUCAGAUUAUAAACAAUGGUGAGAAGCCUCAUGUGGGGGCAGGAAAAAUGGUCCCCAUAGAAACGAGUAGCAGAUACUUGGCAAAUGAGCGCAUACUCUUUCCUGAGGAUGCAGAAUGCUGUAUAUGUCUAAGCUCCUAUGAAGAUGGUGCGGACCUCCAUGUUCUCCCUUGCAACCAUCACUUUCAUUCAACAUGCAUUGUGAAAUGGCUUAAGAUGAAUGCAACAUGUCCUCUCUGUAAGUACAAUAUUUUGAAGGGAAACGAACAGGAAUGAAAGAAACCAAGUCAUGAAGAGCAACACGCCUUAAUAUUCUUAGCUGGCCUUCAUAUUUUGUUUAACUGGCUUUUUGGGGUUGACUUGAUUGUGAGUUCUUCCACGCACUCUUCAUGAUUUUCAUGCUUCAAAUGCUGUCAGUUGUACUUCAUUGUUGAUAGAAUGAAAAAUAAGUGGCUUAUUGCAUAUUUGUUUCUGCACCGAUGUCACCUUCCAAUCAUACACAGUUACCUUCUUUUGUUUUGCUAUGAAAUAUUGAAAACGAAUUUUUGACAGUUGUAUUUCCUUAUUUCCGCACUGCACAUGAGAAUUGCUUUGCAUGUCCAUGGAUGGUAUUGGUUUGUCAAGAUCCGAAAAAUAGCAUUGGGAAAAGAAAAAGCUGGCAAUUAACUUUUUGGUUUAGAGGCCAAAGCCAAGGAUCAGAGAUUCAAACUCGCUUAUUUGGCUUAUUUAAUAGUACAGCGUUGAUAGGCUGCUGCUGCAUUCUUAAGUGUAAAGUCCUUGUUGUUCACCCUGUCUUGCAGCAGUGUUACCGCCAGAGGGCAGGGCGGUUACUUGUGCCACUCGCUCCCAUGGAUGGUAUUUGUAAUAACGUCCAAGGUUUUUAUUCUCCAAGUUGAAGUUGCCUACCUCCUUGUAACUCGUAUGACAACUCAUCAAUAAUAUGGAAUUUCGUUGGCACAGGCAAAACCGGCUGGUGUCUUAUGUAAACAGCAAACGAAUAGUUGUCAUCCGAAAAGGACUGGAUUGGAUGAAAAGAAAAUUAAUAUAGAAGAAAUAAUUCAAAGAAGAGUAUAUAGGAAUGUGAUCCAACCGA